AUGUCUCGGGGUGGCUCCUGCCCACACCUGUUGUGGGACGUGAGGAGAAGGUCCCUCGGGCUGGAGGACCCGGCCCGGCUGCGGAGCCGCUACCUGGGAAGAAGAGAAUUUAUCCAAAGAUUAAAACUUGAAGCAACCCUGAAUGUGCAUGAUGGUUGUGUUAAUACAAUCUGUUGGAAUGAGACUGGAGAAUAUAUUUUAUCUGGCUCAGAUGACACCAAGUUAGUAAUUAGUAAUCCUUACAGUAGAAAGGUUUUGACGACAAUUCGUUCAGGACACCGAGCAAAUAUCUUCAGUGCAAAGUUCUUACCAUGCACAAAUGAUAAGCAGAUUGUCUCCUGCUCUGGAGAUGGAGUAAUAUAUUACACCAAUGUUGAGCAAGAUGCAGAAACUAACAGACAAUGCCAAUUUACGUGCCAUUAUGGAACUACCUAUGAGAUUAUGACUGUACCCAAUGACCCGCAUACUUUCCUCUCUUGUGGUGAAGACGGAACUGUUAGGUGGUUUGAUACGCGCAUCAAAACUAGCUGCACAAAAGAAGAUUGCAAAGAUGAUAUUCUAAUUAACUGCCGACGUGCUGCUACUUCUGUAGCGAUUUGCCCACCAAUACCAUAUUAUCUUGCUGUGGGUUGUUCUGAUAGCUCAGUUCGAAUAUAUGACCGGAGAAUGCUGGGCACAAGAGCUACAGGGAAUUAUGCAGGCCGGGGGACUGCUGGAAUGGUUGCCCGUUUUCUCCCUUCUCAUCUUAACAACAAGUCCUGCAGGGUGACGUCUCUGUGUUACAGUGAAGACGGUCAGGAGAUUCUCGUUAGCUACUCUUCAGAUUAUAUCUACCUUUUUGACCCCAAAGAUGACACCGCACGAGAACUUCGAACUCCUUCUUCAGAAGAGAGAAGGGAAGAGUUACGGCAGCCUCCGGUGAAGCGCUUGAGGCUUCGUGGUGACUGGUCAGAUACUGGACCCCGAGCCAGGCCGGAGAGUGAACGAGAGCGAGAUGGAGAGCAAAGUCCCAAUGUGUCAUUGAUGCAGAGAAUGUCUGACAUGCUAUCAAGGUGGUUUGAAGAAGCAAGUGAGGUUGCACAAAGUAAUAGAGGACGAGGAAGAUCUCGAUCCACAGGUGGGACGAGUCAGUCAGAUGUUUCGACUCUUCCUACGGUCCCGUCAGGCUCUGUUUUGGAAACGGGUGACACUGUGAUGGAAGUAGACACUCCAGCUGAGCAGUUUCUACAACCUUCCACGUCCUCCAUGGCCCACUCCGCAGCGUCUUCUGCAGGAAGCCCACCUUCUACUUCUCUGCUGUCCUCUCCAGACAGUGAGCACAGGCCAUCUGCCGAGGCGUCUGGACAGCACACACAUCAUCAGUCUGAUAACAAUAAUGAAAAGCUGAACCCCAAACCAGGGACAGGUGAACCAGUUUUAAGUUUGCACUACAGCACAGAAGGAACAACUACAAGCACAAUAAAACUGAACUUUACAGAUGAAUGGAGCAGUACAUCCUCCAGUUCUAGAGGGAACGGGACCCAUAGCAAACCGGAGGGUCAGGAGGAGUCCCUGGUCCCACAGAGCUCGGAGCCACCUCCAGCAGGAGAUAGCGAGAGAGAAGCUCCUGAAGAAGCCUCAGAGAGUGUGAACACAUCCCAGGAAGGUGCAUCUGCAGAAAGCACAGUUCAGAGCCAAGUAGACACAGCACAAUCAGACAAGUUCUCAUCUGAGCCGUCAGAUUCCAGCUCAGGAGAAAGGAACGACUUCAAUCCUGAUAGUCCUUGUGGGGUUCCAGAAGACACCGCUUUGUCUGAGAAAGGCUGGGAACCAGGGACUUCGGAUCAAACCAGUGCUGACAGCACUGCCCAUCCCAGUAGCCCUGAUGCUGAGCCUAAGACACAGACAGAAGCUGUGGGGCCCGUGCCUCCCGAGGAAACGUCAGCCACAGACUCUGCUCUCCAGGACACCGAUGACAGUGACGAUGACCCAGUCCUGAUCCCAGGUGCCAGGUAUCGAGCAGGACCUGGGGACAGACGUUCUGCUGUUGCCCGAAUUCAGGAGUUUUUCAGGCGGAGGAAAGAAAGGAAGGAAAUGGAAGAACUGGACACUCUGAACAUUAGAAGGCCACUAGUGAAGAUGGUUUAUAAGGGCCAUCGCAACUCCAGGACAAUGAUAAAAGAAGCCAAUUUCUGGGGUGCUAACUUUGUGAUGAGUGGUUCUGACUGUGGCCAUAUAUUCAUCUGGGACCGUCACACCGCUGAGCACUUAAUGCUUCUGGAGGCCGACAAUCACGUGGUGAACUGCCUGCAGCCUCAUCCAUUUGACCCAAUUCUAGCCUCGUCUGGCAUAGAUUAUGACAUCAAGAUCUGGUCACCACUGGAGGAGUCAAGGAUUUUUAACCGAAAACUUGCUGAUGAAGUGAUCACUCGGAAUGAGCUCAUGCUGGAGGAGACCAGGAACACCAUCACAGUGCCCGCCUCCUUCAUGCUCCGCAUGCUGGCCUCCCUGAACCACAUCCGGGCCGACCGGUUGGAGGGUGACCGAUCAGAAGGCUCCGGUCAGGAGAAUGAAAACGAGGAUGAGGAAUAA